AUGAGUGAUCCCGUCCAGAUCCCACAUGAGUAUUACCAGCAAGGUGACCUCACCAUUGGUGGCAUCUCUUCUCAGUUCUUCUCCUUCUUUGACUUUAUAGACUUCAAGCAACACCCCAAUUUAAUGUUUAUUGGGGAUCCUGUUGUAGUGACAAAAAACUACCAGCAUGUCCUGGCCUUGGUAUUUGCAAUGAAGGAGAUCAAUGAGAAUCCCAGGAUUUUGCCAAAUGUUACAUUGGGAUUUCAUAUCUAUGACAGCUACUUCAAUGAAAAGUUGACAUUUCAAACAACUCUGAACCUUCUUUUUAGCCAGAAAAGGACAAUCCCCAACUACAAGUGUGGCACACAGAAGAAUCUGAUAGCAGUCGUUGGGGGACUUGACUCUAAAACCACUCUUUACAUGGCCACCAGCUUAAGCAUCUACAAGAUUCCUCAGAGCUCUUAUUACUUGUUUGGUCCUUCAAGUGCUGAAACCCACUUCCCGUUCCUAUACCGAAUUGUUCCGAAUGAAGAGAAUCAGUACCAAGGAAUCGUUCACCUCCUUUUGCAUUUCCAGUGGACAUGGGUUGGGAUUGUCAUGCUGGAGGAUGAUAGAGGAGAGAAUUUUCUGCAGAUCUUGAUGCCAAUGCUUUCAGAGAGUGGCAUCUGUACUGCAUUCAUUGACAGAAUGCCAUUGCUGACAGACUUCUCUGAAAUAAUUCCUGAGCAUGAAAAGACACUUCACCGUUUCUUGAGGAGAAUCUCAUUUAACAACAGUGCUGGGGACCUGGUGUCUUUGAAUGAGAAAGGUGAAUUGGAAAGUGGACUUGAUAUUAUAAAUUGGGUUACUUUCCCUAACAAAUCCUUUUCAAGGGUAAAAGUGGGAAGGAUGGAUCCAUGGACCUUAACUGACAGAGAGUUCAUGAUCAAUGAAGAUGUCAUCACAUGGCACAGCAUGUUUAAUCAGAUGCAUCCCCGCUCCGUGUGUAAUGACAACUGCCGUCCAGGUUCUGUUAGGAAAAAGAAGGAGGGGGAGCCAUUCUGUUGCUAUGACUGUGACCCAUGUCCCAAAGGAAAGAUUUCUAAACAAACAGAAAUGGACAAUUGUAUCAAAUGUCCAGAAGAUCAGUAUCCAAAUGGAGACCAAGAUGGAUGCCUUCCCAAGGUUUUGCAUUUUCUGUCAUAUGAUGAUGCUUUAAGCAUCAAUUUAAUUUUCAUGGCACUUUCAUUUUCUGUCAUCACUGCUUUGGUAUUAGGGAUAUUCAUUAAACACCACAACAGUCCCAUUGCCAAAGCCAAUAAUCGGGGUCUAACCUACACUCUGCUUAUUGCCCUCCUGCUGUGCUUCCUCUGCUCCUUGCUCUUCAUUGGCCAGCCUCAAAAAAUAACUUGUCUUCUACGACAAACUGUUUUCGGUCUCAUCUUCACCAUGGCUGUUUCUUCUGUGUUGGCAAAAACCAUCACAGUGAUUUUGGCAUUCAUGGCCACACAACCAGGAUCCAGGAUGAGGAACUGGGUGGGGAAGAGACUGGCAGCUUCUAUUGUUUUCUCCUGUUCCCUCAUUCAAGGAGCUCUUUGUACUGUGUGGCUCCUUACUGCCCCCCCAUUCCCACAUUUGGACAUGGACACUUUGACUAAAGAAAUUGUGGUUGAAUGUAAUGAAGGGUCUGUCCUUAUGUUUUAUUCUGUUCUUGGGUACCUGGGAUUUCUGGCUCUUGUCAGCUUUGCUGUGGCUUUUCUUGCUAGGGAAUUGCCCAGUACUUUUAAUGAAGCCAAGUUCAUCACUUUUAGCAUGUUAGUGUUUUGUAGUGUGUGGGUCUCUUUUGUGCCAACUUACCUGAGCACAAAGGGAAAAUACAUGGUGGCUGUGGAGAUCUUCUCUAUCUUAGCCUCUAGUGCUGGUUUACUGGGUUGUAUAUUUGCCCCUAAAUGUUAUAUAAUUGCCCUGAGGCCUCAGCUAAACUGCAAGGAACAUAUAACAAGGAGAAAUAACUAA